CGGGGGCAGCGCUGGUGGCUUGCGAUAUUUCUUAAAAAAGUUACAAAAAGUUGAAACAAACUUCUGACAGCCUCCCAGAAUGGCAGACCAGAAGCGCCUUGCCUAUUCCAUCAUCCAGUUUUUACAUGACCAGCUACAGAAUGGGGGUCUGUCUCCAGAUGCUCAGGAGAGUUUGGAAGUGGCCAUCCAGUGCCUGGAGACAGCAUUUGGGGUCUCGAUGGAAGACCAAGGCCUAGCUGUGUCCCAGACUCUUCCUGAAAUAUUUGAAGCUGCUGCAGGGAAGGAGCCUGAACACAUCAGAACAAAUUCAGAGCCCAUCACCCCCUCUGAAGACGACAUAGCUGAAGCUGAAAGACUCAAGACUGAAGGAAAUGAACAAAUGAAGGCAGAAAACUUUGAAGCUGCUGUGUCUUUCUAUGGAAAAGCAAUUGAAUUAAAUCCAUCCAAUGCUGUCUAUUUCUGCAACAGAGCUGCUGCAUACAGUAAACUGGGAAAUUAUGCUGGAGCAGUGAGAGACUGUGAAAGAGCUAUAGGCAUUGACCCAAACUACAGCAAAGCUUAUGGCAGAAUGGGCUUGGCCCUCUCCAGUUUAAAUAAACACACAGAAGCUGUUGUCUACUACAAAAAAGCCCUGGAGCUGGAUCCAGACAACGACACGUACAAAUCAAACCUUAAAAUAGCUGAACAGAAAAUGAAGGAGACUCCUAGCCCAACUGGAGGUCCGGGAGGAUUUGAUUUAGCUGGCUUGCUGAACAACCCUGGCUUCAUGAGUAUGGCAUCUAACCUAAUGAACAAUCCACAAGUACAACAGCUCAUGUCUGGGAUGAUUUCAGGUGGCCACAACACCAUGGGAGCAGCAGGCACCAGCCCCUCCACGAAUGAUCUUGCCAGCCUCAUACAAGCGGGCCAGCAGUUCGCUCAGCAGAUGCAGCAGCAGAAUCCUGAACUAAUAGAGCAGCUACGAAGCCAGAUUAGGAGUCGAACUCCAAGUGCCAGUAAUGAAGAUCAGCAGGAAUGAGCGCUCCAGACUGGGUUCUCUGCAUCAGUACUGCUAGUACUGUGCCUCAGGCGCAAGGCUCAGCCCUGCGGAGUGGUGAAUGAGAACUUUCCUCGCACGCUGACUGACAAACGAGUUUCAUUUUCUAGUGUUCACGGUGGUUAAAGGGACACUUUAUUUUCUUAAAGAUUGAAUUUGCAAAUGUCUUGUCUUCCUGUCUCUGCAGCGCAGUCCGUGGGAACUAUGUUCUUUGCUUUAAAAACUGGAAGCCAUGUGCGUGUUGCCAUUUCUUGAGUUGGAAGUGUCCAAGAGGGGGAAAAAAUAAUAAUAAUGGAAAAAUACUUUAUAUGACCUGCAUGUUAAAGACAGAUUCACGCUUUCUUUCCCUAGUCUUCGUCCCUGCUCCUCCCCCUCAGCCUUUCCAUUAGUUUUUGUCUUCUGGAAGAUCCAGCAAGCUGAACACAAACCAGCAUCGACAGUCUUUCUAAAGAAACUCAGAAAAUUAACUACACUGUUACAUUUCUAUGUUAUUUGCUACAUGGGAAUUUUUUAACCCGUUUUUGAAGAAUGAUGCACUCUUCACUACAGGACGUCUUCACUUUCCCGCCCACGUGCCACUUCAAAGAAGUGUUCAAGUCCUACCUAACCCCCGUCCUGCCCCAUUUAAUCUUCCUGCCAGUUACAAGACGGUAGCAUUUGAACACUCUGGAGAUCACGGGAUCUUCUUGCUUCCAGGAACAGGGUUUCUGUUGAUUAGAUUGACUGUGUUUCUCAUUCAGGUCUGUAGCCACAUUGCCAGCGUUGUUAAUACACGGGAGUUUGGUGCUCACCUCUCAAAGGUUAGUGUAAAUGUGAUGGGGGUGGGGGGUGGGGGGGGAGGGUGGGACUGGCCAGGAAGAACAUGCCCAUGGGCGACCACCCCUCUCAUGAGCGUUUCCUGGUACACUUCUUGGGGUUCUUUCCCUGUCCUGACAAAAAUUUGUCUAGUGUUUAGUAAUUAUGGCUAUGUUGUUGGAAUGAUACAAUCUGUGAACUAGUCAGGUGGACAGUAAGAAAGAUACAAUGUUUUUGGUGUUUAAAAGGUUUGGGUUUUUUUUCUUCUGCUUUUCUCAUCUUUUAUGCAUGUAAGUAAUCAGCCUGGUUGACUGUGCUAAUGGUAGGAAUAGAGGGUGCCUGAGUAGAGAGCAGAAGGAACAAAAAUGCUGCUUGGAUAGUAAAAAAAAAAAUCAAGUGGUUGCUGGUUCAAGGUGGGGGCUUGGCGAGGAGCGGUUGUGCAUCAGUGUGUAGCAUGUGAGAUGGAGGGAGAAGCUCCUGGAGCCAACUCGAGCGACCUGCAGCUUUCCACCCCUCAAAUUACCCGUGUCGCUCCUUGGGCGAACAGAAAGCUCUGGCCAGUUCCCCUAGAAGUUGCUAGUUGAGGCCAGAGACUUUUCUAUCGACCUGAGAGUUGUUUUUUGAAGUAGUUUGAUUGUGGUGGGGAAGGCGUGUUGGUGGCCUGACUGCUCGGUGAAAAACAUCUGGUCUGAAGGUGGAUAGGUGUGAGGUGGAAAACGCCCUUUCAGGAGACCUGGCGGUGUGAGUGAGCAGGUAUAUUUGGAGAUUAAUAUCAAGAAAAUUAUUUGUAAAUGCUCCAUAAAGUAAUAUGUGGUUAAUGUAACUUGUGAAGAAUAAAAUAUUUGGACACUU